UACUUUAUUAAAAAAAAAAAUAAUAACUUAAAGAUAUUUGAUUAAAUAUAUUUUUGUCGGUUUUUUUUUAACAAUUUUUAGUAAGAAGCUUGUGAACCCAGAUCAUCUCUAAAUAAUAAAGUAAAUAGUAUUUUGUAUUCUAUUAUUGAAUGUAAAUUUUUAAUGUUAUGGAUAGUUUCCCACCAGCCAACUGUCGUUUACAAAUACUGAUUGAUGAUCCUUGGCGUCAAGAAAAUUUAUCAUUUGACGAAAUAGUGGUUCCCAUCAAAGAACUUCCCGAUCCUGAGGCAGACGCCACUGAUGCUCAUUUGACGCUUACCCAACAGGACACAAAGUGGACAGACUUGGCUCUUACAAACAUACUUAGUGACAAUCCAUUGCCUCCACCACCCCGAGUUUAACAUAUUUAUCAUGGAGUUUCCAGAUUUUGGUAAACAA